AUGCCCAGGAUCGACUCAGCCACCCGCGAGGCCGCCCGCCGCCGCGCCGUCGACGAUGACGACCAUCUGCGUCACACCUUUCUGCCCGCCCACCCCAACGUCGCCGCACAAGAGUCCGUCAGCGCUCGUCGGCUCGUAGUUUCAUGCGGCGCUGUGCAACCUACCGCGACCGUGCGUAUCGCCAGCCUCCAUUUCCUGCGACCUACCGUCGACUCGCUCGCCCCUCUCUCCCUCGCCGCCAUGCGCCUCUUCCUCCUCCCCGUGUCGACGCGGCGGACCUUCAUGUACGCGCAGCGUCUCGCGGCCACGACGUCGAACGCAACGUCGACACCCGCCGCCGCCGCCGACGGCAAAACCGCAAGCAAAGACUCCUCCGUCGUCGACAAGGGCACCGCCUGGGCCGCCAAGAAGUGGGCCCAGUGGGAGAAGAAAGAGGCCGGCUGGCAGCGCAAGGUCGUCGACCUCGGCAACCAUGCCUUUCGUCGGAUCCCCUACGAGGAAUGGGGCCUCAAGUCGGUGCCCCCGCUGUCGCGCCGUCGCGCCGACGGCGAGCUCAAGGCCAAGGACAAGAUCGAGCUCCUCUUCCCCGGCACCGUCAUCGAGCCGCACAGGGCCGAGCAGCUGGCACUCAAGCUCGCGACCGAAAGGCAGGGCAUCCACAGGAGCAAGAUGAUGUGGUGCUUCGUCGGCAUGCCCAUCACUCUUCCCUUCGCCCUCGUUCCAGUAAUCCCCAACCUGCCCUUCUUCUACCUCGUCUACCGAGCCUGGUCGCACUGGCGAGCCGUCGCCGGCGGCAAGCACGUCCAGUGGCUCGUCGAGAACAAGCUGCUGCGGCCGUCUCCCUCGGCGAUGCUGGACCGGCUGUACGCUCCCAAGGUGACCGCCUCGUCGCCGCCGGCCGAGCCGUCCGGCAAGGAGGAGCUGCUUCUCAGCCAAGAGCAGAUCCGCGACUUCUCCGAUACGCUGGCCGUUCCCGCCCUCGAGCUCGAGCUCGAACGGGCCGUCUGGCAGGUGGAAAGGGCUUUGAAGGAGGGCGACCAAGAUCGGGGCGCAACAACGCCGCCGAGUUGA